AUGGCAGGCCGAGUGCGCGCGCAGGCGCUCACGGCCAACAAAAAUCAGAUGUUUGUUGCAUCUGCCUGUACGGUUUCCGUCAAGGCGACCACUUCACCAAGACCCCUUGCUAUCACUACUUCCACAGCCACUGUCUGGCCAAGCAUCUUAGGAUCUCCCACCCGCAUCUUCAAUGAGGAGCAGGACAAGCUGCCUGCCUGGCAACGCACAGACACUUUCCAGGUCUACUGUCACUCACUCUUUCCUCUCACAUCUCAUUCUUUCCAUGGCCACUGUCUGGCCAAGCAUCUUAGGAUCUCCCACCGCAUCUUCAAUGAGGAGCAGGACAAGCUGCCUGCUUGGCAACGCACAGACACUUUCCAGGCUACUUGCCCCGUAUGCAGGGCAGAGGUGGUGUAUGAUGUGGAGUCGUUGGGUACCGCUCCACCCCCACUAGACCUGCUGCAGGCUGACAACUUUACACCCUCAGCAGAGUUGAGGCGGUUGCAGCAGCAGAUGGCAGCACUGUAUCUUCGGCAGAAGCAACGUGGCGGAAUAAUACAGCAGGACAGUGCUGUUCUCCUGCUAACUGAGGAUGGAGGUAGUGCAGCCGAUAACAGAUGACGCUUGUCGCCAUUAACCAAAAAAGUACUUCGUCCUCAUCGACGAAACCUGAUCGCACCCCGGGUGCAGUGGCAAAUUCACUUAAUUCUUGUUAAAUUAAUCAAAGUCAGUACUUGUAAAUAGAUGUAAGAAAUUAUUUAUUAUUGUUAUUUUAUUUCUGACAGUACUCUGUACUGGCUUUAUUGUGAUAUUUUUAAUAGUUUGUUUUUUAAAGUAAAUAUUAUAUACAAUAAUUUUAACUGAUUAUAUUGUGCCCCGUUAAAUGGAGUGCAGAGAGUGAUAUUCUUUGUUAUGAAUAGCUUUAAGUAUAUGACUUUUAUUAAGUUUUAUUUAUUUUAUGCAUUCUCACACCUGAAGCUUUAUAAGUUUAUAACACAUAAUCAGAAUCUGAUCAAAUCUCAAGAUGUUACAUUACGUCUUAUCAUCAAGGUUAUACGUUAUUUUUGGUCAAUUGAAAUUUUGUGUCAUAUCAAAUAAAUAAUUGAUGACCUCAUAUUUGGAUUGUGUGGGAUAAUAUUAUUUAUAAUUGACAGUGCAUUUUAAAUGCAUUGCUUAAUCAAUCAUAGGAAAGAUGUGGACAGUACAAUAUGUUUCUCAACCGUAGUAAAAAUAUUUAUGAAAAGGUAUGUUAACCCUCUCCUGUACAAACGGCCAAAAGGAGUCAGGUCUAACAAGUGAAUUUUUAUAAGCAGUUAUGUUUUAAUUUUUUAAGUAGUUGCAAAAGAAGUUUAGAAAGUAUCUUUUAUUUUUGAUGUCCAGUACCAUGAAAAGAAGAAGCAUAUGUUUUGUAAUUGUGCAUGUUGUUACUAACUGCGCAUCCAACUGUGCCAGAAAGGAUGUUUUGCUUUAUGGUUUGUUAGUUUUCUCAAUAUGAAUAGCACAAUUGAAAAUACAUGCCAAAUUUGAAUCUCAUAUGGUAAUCACGUUUUCAUAAGUAACCUCAUAUUGAUAUUAUAAUGUUUUCCAUCAAGUUUGUGCUGUUUACGGACAGGAUGUGAUGAUGAGUUAUGAUUACAGGAAUCAUUGGUGUCAAAACAUUAAAAAAUUUAUAGAUAUAAUUUUUUAGGACAAAGAGGUUAUCAGCCAUCUGAAGCUUGUUUACGGGAAGAAUUGAAAAACACAUGACAACACUUUUUGGGACAUUUGAAAUUUUAUUACACAUCCAUGACAUUUGACUACGAAGUUCAUAUUCCAUAUUUAACUGCAGAUCAUUGUAUUAAGGAAGAAUCUCAGGGGGUGGAAGCCCCGCAAAUUUUUAAAGAUAAACAUUAAAAUUGCACCUGGUUUUUAGUUUCAAACUGGAACACAUUUAUAAGGUCUUAAAGUUGAACAAUUUCACGGGUAAUAUUACUGAGCGUAUAUUUUUGGAUGGUAUUUCAUACCUUUUAAACCACCCAUUGUGUCAGCACCCAAAAUAAUUUUCUAUAUAGGCCAAUGCUGCAAAUCCCAUAGUUUGAUUACUGAGUUUAUUAAUUAUUUAUAGUUUAUGAUGACUGUCAUCUUGAUAAGACUACACAUUGCAUUCAAAUUUAUUUUACACGCUUUCAUUACAUAUGAAGGUUUCCAGUAGAUUCCAAAGUAUGUCAAAAAUGCUCCAAGUGUUGGGUAGAAAAUUCAGGCAUAAGACAGACAUUUAUAAUACUCUGUCCUUAAGCACACACAUUUUGUAAAAACUUUAGAGAAAUAGUGAGGCAAUAAGAGUACUUAACAGUUAUAACUCAAUUUGGUUAAAUGAACCAUCAUAAACAAAAUACAAAGAUAUGAGUACAAAAGAAACAUUCCACACAGUUGAAACUAAAUUACGAGCGAAUAAACUCUGAUUCAAAAUCUAACAAAUUAAAACAUUAUACUUCACUUCAUCCAAUCAAAUGUAGUCUUGGAUAUCGUAUAUAAUUUUCCAAAUCCGUCUUAAGAAUAAAUAGCGUUACACUUUCUUGGAAUGAUUGAUUUUCACUCAAUCCAAAUUGCCACAAAACGAUUAUGGCACUACUCGACUUCACUGUGCCAUAAAAUAAACACUAUUUCCCUUAUUCUAAUUUUAAAAACUCCAUUCAAAAAGCUGCUACAUGUUAUAAAUUGUUUUAAAGCUUAUUAAAUUCUCAACAAUUUGGUAGUAAUAAGAUUAUUUGGCCCACACACUAUUUAUUAAAAAAAUGUAUGUUUCAGACUUAAGAUUAUACAUUAACUUAAAUGUUUAACACUACAACUGAUGGGCUACACAAUAUACCAUGUAUUAUAUACAAUUACUUUCAGUAAACUGCUAGGAAUAAUAAUAUGUAAAAAUAAAACUUACAGAAACAUUUCAUAUAUUUACUGUAGUCCAAGGUUGGCAAAAAUCCCAAAAUUAAAAAAAACUCAUUUAAACACAUAAUUUUUUUCUCCUUGAGGACAAUUUCGGUAGUUAAACACGUACAAUACUCCAAAUAUAAUGUAGAUUCAGAGUUUAUACACUUACAUUCCUAAAAAACCUGUAAUAAAAGAACUAUAAAUGCAGAUUUUGCAGUUACUUCUAGAAAUAUAAAAUGGCAGUUCAGCAAAAUAUUGGUGCUGCCAACAUAAAUUUCUAUAGAAAUAAAUUAUAUUUCCACAUAGAAAUAUAAAACUAUAGUUUUCGCUAAUACAAUAUGUAAAACUUAUUUUAUGCAAUCGUAAUAAUGCAAUAAAGAAUGAGUCUCGAUCAAGAUGCUAGCGAUUGACCAUGGGGUAAAUGAAUCCUGAUUGUGACUCUUAGCAGCUCUAGGGUUAAUAUCAAUAAAAUAAAACUUAUACUUAGUCUAAUUGUGAAAUGUCUUCUCCUAUUUCCUCUGGUUACUUCAAAACAAGUGUUGGUGUAAACAGCAUUACAAAUCAUUUAUUUCACACAAUUUUUCAACAAUUACUGUGUGUUGGUAGCAUAGAGAGUGUUAAAGCAGAUCAAGGCGCUUUGAUGUGAUUGGCCAGGAGAGGGUUUAUGAGAUCUACUAAAAUUUAAAAAAGUCUGCAUGUUCGUUCGAGUCAUGAACAGUGAAUAUUGUACGCAUUUCUUUUACCAAGUUUGAAUUCUGAUGUUUUGUUCCCUUUUUUUCUAUUGAAAUUAAUAAGCCUCCAGACUGAUACGCCAAAUUUGGUGUGAUGAUAAAGACUCAUAGGGAUUUGAUGUUGUUUUUUUACUAACUUAUUUAGUUUUCAAUCAGUGUUGUUGUGUCUGUACCCAAAUAGCCACUGCACCCUAGAUUUAGAAUUCCACAAUCUAUGUGUAUGUUAUAGUAUUGUCCAUUUCAUUAAGUUUUGCAUUCCGUAAUUAUGUGGAAGAACACAAAAAUUAAUCGUUUUCUUUUGUUUGUCAUUUUUAUUAUUUUAAGUAUGUGCUUAGACCUAAGCAGGGAACUUGACCCCUUGGCGGUCUGUGAUGUAAUACCACAUUUAUGACAAGGUCAUGAAAAAAAAGUAAUAGUUUUAUACCGCUUUAUUGUCUGUUAGGCGAUGGAAUAUUACUUAUAGCUCUCAUAUUGUCCAAUGACUGGCCUUAGACCAUUGGUCCAAGAUAUCCCGAUCUGAAAUCCAGUCAAAACCUGCAGAAAAUUGAGUUAACUGUCUUUGGCAAAAAUAUUAAAGGUCAAUUUUUAAUGUUUCUGUAUCUAGUCAUACUCACUGUACUUGAGUAAAUUGGUCAAUAUUGCCUUAUUUACCUAAACAACAUAAACGGAAAAGUGAUGGUUAGUCAGGUUAAUGAUGGGAAACGGAAAGUCUUCUGAACCUUUCUAUCAAGAGUCAUUGCACAGACAGACAGGUAACAUCACUAUUUAAGAAGGACAAAGACUAGUCUUUUCCAUAAAGAAUAAUAGACUAUGAUGAAACAGAAGGAGAGGGUACAGAGAUAAGCUUUAUCGUAUUACCUAUAUCUCUUACUAAAUGAUAACUGUGUAAUUCUUAUCUGGGGGCAAUGAAGAGAAUAUUGAAGUUCAUUGCUAAGAGUUUUCAACUAUGCUACAGGGAUUUUGAUUAAAAGAUUUAACAAAUCUUUGAUAAGGUUAAGGUUAUCCAUACGUUACUAGUGCAAAAAAAAAAUUAUCAAUUAAUGUACAAAAAUUUUAAUGAGUUAAAAUCUCAUUGGCAGACAGGGUUUUAUAGACCCAAUUAUACAGUCAACUCAGUUGGUCUAAUAGUUUAAUUUAUUAUGUUAAAACUGAAAGAUUCUGAAAGUUUUUAAUUUAUAUUAUUUAUAGAGACAACCAUUGAUGCUGUAGAUACAGUGCAGCCACACCACUAAAAUAUACUCAAAAUGAGAUAUUGUAGUACAGAGCUGUAGUCAAGGUGUUGAUGAUAAUUUUAUUUACUAUAUACUGUAGUAUGUUAUUUUGUAUUCCCGUGUCAUAUGCAAUUAGUAUUUAUUUAUUUAUUUUUAGUUGUUUAUUGAUUGGUAUACUUUUUUAUAAAAUAUUUUGUAGUUUGUAGUGUUUUCCUUGAAAGCAAUUUGAACCAUGGUUAUGCUGAAUUUAACAACUCAUUUUAAUUAUUAAAACAUAUUUUACGUACUUUAAUUUUUCACAUCAACAUCACAAUGGUCUACAGUUUAAGAGGAGACUACUACAAUUUUCAUUGUAAUUAAUUUUUCUUAUUGUCAGCAACUAAAACAAAUAACAGGAAAACAAUAGGAAGGCUAUAUUCGGUUCCAGGAUUCUCACAACUUCAAAUUAUAUACCACACUUCAUGUAUUCAUGUGUCACUGAUAAUGAACAGAGCCUCCUGUAUGAUGCACAAGAUUUUUUCGCUAUCAUUAUUCUAUAGAACACUCAUGCUACACUUUCACUUCCAGUAGUCACAGAGAUUUCUAAUAUCAAUUUGGCUCCUUCAGUAACCCUAGUUGAUAUCCCCAUACAAGCCAUAGAUUCUGUUCUCUAAAGUAAAAAUUAUUUUGUACUACCCCAUCAGGCAUAAAGGGAGGAUUAUCUCAUUGGUCCAAACAAAGAACCAAUUUGACAAUUAUCUCGGAAGCGAUCUUUGCAACAUGAUAGCAUCACUCAGUGUCAUAUUAUUAUCUAAUAAAGGACAUGUUUGGUGAUUACCUCUGGAGCCAUCUUUGUAACAUAAUACCGUCGUUCUGUGACAUUAUUAUUAUCUAAGAAAGAAGACAAUUUUGGUGAUAAUUUCUGGAGCCAUUUUUUUAAUGUGAUAUCAUCGCAUGUAAUGAAACUAUUUGAAAGUCCUUUUUUACUGGAAAAGGAUAAGAUAAUAUCUUGAAUAAAAUUAUAAUAACAUUUAAAUUGUACCUUAUUUUUAUUCAGACGUAUUUAUUUAUGUUUCUUCAUUCAAACAUAAAUGUUUACAAUAUUUUAAAAUUGAAUAUUUUCAAGCAUAUGAUUAAUGACUUUUAAAUUCUUAUUUUUUAUUUUAUACUAUUGCAUUAACAUAUCUUGAAUGCUAUAAGUAAACAAAUAUAUUUUGAAUUUUUAUUAAAUUGUUAUAAUUAUUGGUAUCAGCUAUUUACUGUAUACAUUAUAUUUUCAGUUUAAAAGUUGUUUAUAAUGUCAAAAAAUCAUAAAAGACAAUGAUUAAGUAUACAAUGUGGAAGAAUUGGGGUAAACAUAUUUUACUGUUUCUUUUUUUAAUACUCAUGGUAUAACUACAUUCGAAGUAAAGUAUAAUAGUAAGCACAAUAAUUAGUUCUACUAACAAUAUUUUAUAUUGCACAAUAAGUUGAAUUAUUUGUUCUUUCUAGUCAUUUAUCUUAACACUUUUUACCGUAUGUUCUGGUACAAAUAUGUUUUAAUAAAUGUGGUUGUUUUGGGUA